AUGCAUCUCAUGAAUCUUCUGCUCGCGUGCAUCUUCGCCCUGUGCGUCAUUGCCGCACCCACGGACUUCAAGCUACACUCUCCGCUCGCGAUUCCUGUCCCCGGCUCUGCAACCUACGACGCCGACGUCGCUGCUGUCCUUGCCUACGUCCUCUCCGAUCCCAUCUACCAGGAAAUGCGCGAAGAUGGAUCGUUCAACUAUCGCAGCUUCGAUCUAGCUGCGGGCUCCACUAUCGAGGGCAUCCUUAACCGCCACUGCGGAUUCUGCAUGUACUUUGACGAAGAAGGCGCUCUCAUCAUGUCCGUAGGACCCGAUCAAGUGAAUUGGGCGCAUCCUACAACUGCCAAGACCUACAUCUGCUGGCGUCCGCCGAUGAGGGGUCACGAAGGUGGUAACCGAAGAUGA